GUAACCUUGCCCAACAUGCGUUACGCGCUUUCUCUGUCACUUUUGGCAACCGCCAAUGCGGUUGCAUUGCCGGCGGUUGCUCCGCGUGCACCUCCUCCCGGCUGCAAAGACCUCUUCGAGAACAUCGUCAUGGUCGAAUUCAAUGAUGGGCCUACUACGUCUGGAGAGGCUGGUAUUGGGGCUGAGUUCGAGACUCUUAACAUCCUGUUCACGAACAAUAAAUGCAAUCUGGAAGACACUUUUGAGGCAAAACGCAAAACAAUCAAGGGUCGCACUGGAAAGAACUUUUUGCUGUCUGCAGACACCUCAGUUGAGCUAGGCAAGGGAAAAGUGAGUGCCGAGUAUGUCUUGGAUGGUAGGAACAUUAGAGUCGGAGACGGUAGUGCUGCCGCCGCUGGAAAAGCAGCCCGUGAUGAUCUGGCGGGCUGGAAGCCCUGGACUGAGAACCCGAAGGACCAGGUCAUCAUCGAAAACUACCCGCAAUGCAAAGACCCUUGGAUUGUCAGGGAAUUCUCAGAGAGAUCAAAGCCAGAUGAGUUCGACUGGGUUCCCCAGGUCACUGCGUCGAUGCCAUUGGAGGCACUCUACUCUUUGAUGAAAGAGAACGUGGAGGACCCCCCCGAUGCAGACAGGAACGUUCUAGACGGCUAUAUUCCAGUAUCCAGGGGUCAGAACACCAACCUCGUCACCAAAGACUACUUCCAGAGCCUCGGACUCAAGGUUGAUCUUGAAAAUAUCAACGAUGCGGUGCUUGGAUUCGCUACCCUUGUUUUGUCAUACGCCAAAGCUGCGAACAAGCCCAUCAAUCCAAACGAUCCAAACACCCAGGAAAUGAGUCCAAAGUCAUGGCUCCCUUUUAUGCCGCGAACGGAGUUCUACACAAUCUACAAGGCGGUUAAGUCCUUCUUCCCCGUCGAGAACGAACUUUUCGACAUCUUCAACACACUUGCAUGCUACAAGACAACCUUCAAGAACAACAAGUUCGAAGUCAGUAUUGACGAAACUUAUUGCAAAGGUACUGUACAGGAGCCCGAGCUUGGUACAAAAUUCGGAGGGCUCCAGUACAAGUAUAUCGGCAAAUUCGGCAAGCAAGGCGUCCCUAAAGAAUUGAAGAUCAAGGAAUGGAUCGAGAACCUCCACAAAGGCAGUCCAAGCCCCGCCGAUAGCCCCGAUAGCUCCUAUGUUUCUGAUAUGUUGACCAACUUUGACAAGAAUUACGAUGAGUCUAUUGGAGGUCUUGGAAAACGGGUUGAGAGGAUGUACAAGUUGACCCGCACCGCCCCUCUCUUCGAAUUUAGGGACCUCACACCUAUCAAGACCAAGGACUUUGAGAAGUUCAUGCGCGAAGUGGAUGAGUCGAUCCAGAAACUUCACUCGACGUUCGCCGAGCGUCCCAUGAGGAAGCGUGCCGCCGCCGCCGCUUGUGGCUACGUACCCUCUUCUUCUAUCUCGUCAACUGGGAAUCCAACUGGAACUACGCGCAAUUCAACUGUGACAUCCACCAGCAAGACAUCUUCCUCAUCUUCCGUGAAGCUCCCUUCUGGAACCGGAGUCUCAAAUUCGGCAACGUCUACCAAGACUAAUGGAUCUACUUCCGGUCAACCAACUCCUUCUCCUCCAAAGUCAUCCUCCUCUACUAAGCCAUCCUCGACAUCGACUACUUCUAAGACGUCGUCGACUACAUCAAAAACAACUAGCACAACUAGCAAGCCAACUACAACCUCAACCAAGUCUUCUACCAAGACGACCAGCACGAAGACCAAAACCAGGCGAUCUUAG